GUGGAUGACCUGAUUCAUGAAGGCGUGUUCACGGACUUAUUUCACUUCCCCGGCCGGUCGGUCCAUUUAUGAGACACGAUGAGUUUAUAACGCAGCCAAAGAAAACACGGAGGAUUUACACAGAGAACAUAAACUCUGCGAUGACAGCCGAUCAGUGUUAACAACAAACCAACACUCAUGGAUUCUGAUGACGAGGCCGGCUCCGAGGUUCCGACAGUUUCAGCCACAGUUUCGGGUCCACCGAACCCAGAACUGAAGAAACUUCUGGUGUUCAAGGUGUACAAGAGGAGGUGGUUUGUUCUGCUGGUGUUCUGCCUGAUCAACUGCUCCAACGCCACGAUAUGGCUGACCUUUGCACCAGUAGCCAAUCAGUCUGCCCAGCACUUAAAGGUCGGUCUGGAGGAAAUCAACUGGUUGUCACUGGUCUACAUGGUGGUGGCCAUACCGCUCAGCUUUGGGACCACGUGGAUGCUGGACACCUUUGGGCUCCGGAUCACGCUGAUCCUGGGCUCUUGGCUGAACAUGUUCGGAGCCAUGGUGCGUUUCUGCGUGGUGCUGCCCUCCGAGAAAAUUGAAGUCCUGUAUCCCGUGGUGAUGCUGGGCCAGACCCUCGGUGCCCUGGCUCAACCCCUCAUCAUUUUCGCCCCCACAAAGCUGGCAGCUCUCUGGUUCCCGGACCACCAGCGUGCCACGGCCAACAUGAUCGCCUCGAUGUCCAAUCCUCUGGGCAUCCUGCUCGCUAACCUCAUCUCCCCCAUGGUGGCGAAAACAUCUGGGCAAAUUCCAGCGCUGCUGAUUGUCUACGCCGUCCCGGCGUGCAUCACCUGUUUCCUAGCAACAGUGGGGAUACGGAGCAGCUGCCCCCCCACGCCGCCGUCAGCCAGCGCCGAGUUUUCCAACUCGGAGCCGUUUGUACAGGGACUGAAACUGUUACUGAAAAACAAGAACUACCUCGUCCUGCUGGUGUGCUUCGGCGCAGGCAUCGCAGUCUUCACCUGCUUCUCCACGCUGCUGGAGCAGAUCUUGUGUGUGAACGGAUACACCAACGACUUCGCCGGCCUCUGUGGCGGUCUGUUCAUCGCGUUCGGUAUCGUGGGUGCCGGAGCUCUGGGUCUCUACGUGGACAAGACCAAGAAGUUCAACGAAUCCGUGAAGAUCAACAUGUGCUUCAGCACUCUGGCGUGCAUUGCAUUCGCUGUGGUGUCUCAGCUGCGGGAUCAGAACGUCGCCGUGGCCGCCGUCUGCUCUCUCUUUGGCUUUUUCGGUUUCGCCAUCUACCCGGUGGCCAUGGAGCUGUCCGUGGAGUGUUCGUACCCCGUCGGAGAAGCCACGUCAGCCGGACUCAUCUUCAUAUCGGGACAGGUUCAGUCGGUUCUCUACAUAAUCGUCCUCCAGGCUCUCACCAGGCGGCUCGCAGACUCGCCGACGUCGACCUGUGGGAGUGCAGUCCUGAGCUGGAGGGUGCCCAUGCUGGUGAUGGCAGGACUGAGCACUCUGUUCACGUGCUGCUUCGUCGUCUUCUUCCACACGCGGUACAGACGACUGGAGACGGGGACGAACAAAGAGAGCAACGGGUCGAUACCCACCGAGCACGCCCCGAGCGUGCAGGGGUGAAGCUGCUGAGACAGACAGAGACAGAGACAGAGACAGACUGUGUUCUUUUUAAACCAAGACAUUCCUGUUUUAUUCUUUUCUACGACAUCGGGGCAUUUCGUGUAGCAUCGUUCCAAUAUUUCAACACCUUGAAAUAUUUCUGAUUUUUACACAAAGAAAUGUGUAGGGAGGAAAUCUGUUACUUAACAAGUCACUGGUCUGUUAGCUGGGAACUGAUCGUGUUUCUUUUCUGCUUCAUAACUUUGAAACAUAACUCACACAUUCCACGUUGUGUGUCCACGCCAAAUUGUGAAUCGACUCUUUAAAGGUCUCGAAGCUGUUUCCUCUGUGCAGAGAAGAACCGAAGAAUGUUCCUGACGACAAAACCUGAUGUUUACCGUCGAUGUUUCAGAUCCCUGAAACGUUUUCAGCCGUCAGACAGUGGAGAAACGUUCUCAACGUAUUCUGCCUCAUGAAGGCAGAGAGCUUUAACGCAGCAGAUGGACGAAUGGAAAGCCUUCACUGAACAUGAUGCCUUGUUUUUUUUUACUGAUUACUUACAGCAAAAAUAUCAUUGACAUCAUUCCGUAGUAAAUUCAGCUGUGGCUGUCUCUGGGUAUUUCUCUGAAAUGAUUUAUUCAGUUUGUUUGAAACAAACGUCGUCACAUCUGGUUCUGAUUAAAUCUAUAGUUAGCACAGUUUGGAGUCUCGUCCUGUUGUACUGAAACCACUAUCAAAGGUUUUACUACUGUGUCAAUAAAUACCAAAAAUAAGAGCGUUUAAAUGCUUAUUCAUGUUUUAAUUUUGUAAAAAUGAUUCCAGGUUUAUAAAAGUUCAGUACUGGUGCUGACUGUGCAGUCAGAAUAAAGUGUAGUGUCUGAUGCAAACUAAGCUUCUGUACAAAGGAAAGACAUUUGGAGCUGAACGCCAAAUUUAAAUUAAUCUUUUUGUAAUAAUUAUAUUUCACAUGAUUAAAUAUACGUUUUAUUAGUAAAGACCAAUCACUGUUAUUUGGUAUUUUCCAAAGACUCCGAGCUGUUUGGACGUGAAUGAAUCAAACUGACGAUGGAGGACGUGUCUGACUUCCCCUCCACUCUUUUUACAUUUGAUCACCUGACGCACACAUGUUAGUUUCUUUCUGAAUGCCAGGACUGCAGUAAUGUCACCUCAAGUGUUUUAAUGUCUUAUGAUGUCAAACGUUAAUAAAAUACUACG